AUGCUGUUCAGAAGCUCUUCGAAAGUCUGGGCGCGCGCGAUCCUGCUCACGGCUAGUGUUAUCGACUGGCGCAGUGCUAAUUGUUUAGCUGUCCCCCUCCAUGGUGUGGCGAAGCUCCCUUCUGGCGCUCAAGCCGCCGCGGCGCGUUCAAAGUACGCUUUGGAGCGUCGCAUGUUUAGCGGAGACCGCCUACCAGGUUUCCCACCGGGUUAUGUCAUCGGCAUGGUGGACCAACUGGGUGCUCUGCAUCACGUGUAUGAUCAUCAAGAAGGCUGGAGCCUGCUCAACGGUCACAGGAUUGUGCCUCCCCAGCACGGACGGAAUGUCGUGUACAACAAUGUAAGUUGACAAAGUGACCCGAGGUGAAUAUGCCGCUUUACUCAUGCAGCAGCACUACAGCGCCCGACGAUGAUCGACAAGCAGGUAGUCAUAUGGCCCAGGGGAUUUCCCGAACAAAGGUUUCACUGGGAUUGGGCCGUGAAUAGAUGGAUGCCGUAUCACGGGCCAAGCACGCCGAAUAGUUACUUUGCGGAGCGCUUUGCCCACAUGCAGCACCAGGAGCGGUCCUCUCCAUUACCGCGUACCGUUAGUGAACUGAUGAGAGCUUACGGCAGAGAAGGCGAGUCCUCGAGUAGGCCGAGUGAAGCUUCGACCCAGCCGGCGCAGCGUUUGGAUCAGGAAUCGGACGCUGGGCCUCAGGCACCCCCUCGCCAGCGUCAGUAUCCUGCCAAUCGGUACUCGAGUGGUAGACCACCUCGGUACGAGCGCGGCGGAAGCUAG